AUUUCUGCUUUACUUGAGAACUUCAAAGUUUCGGAAUACGCCGAGUAAUGUUUAGAUUUCAGCACAUUUUAUUAUCAAAAAUUUUUAGAAAGUGUUUUUCAAAAUGCUUAAAAACUCGAAUGAGUUUUAUUUAGAAUAUUUCGAUUUAAUUUUAUACAUAUGAAACUUCUCAAUCUUUGUUCCUGAAUAUUUCAUGAAUAUCCGAAAAUGACUACCAAAUCAGCAGUUGCUUUUCCUAUCGUCAGUUUAGUUCAAAAAAUUAUUCUCUACAAAACUAAAACAAGAUUCUACCUAGUAGGAUGUAACAAUACUGAAAGCAAAUUCCGUGUCCUGAAGAUUGAUCGGACAGAAACUAAAGAGCUAAAUGUUGUGGAUGAUAAGGUUGAGUACAGCAAACGAGAGAUCAGGGACUUGUUGAAUAUGAUUAAGUGUGGUAAUAGAUCUAAGCAAGGACAAAAGUUUGUAACUGAUUUAAAAGGGACUAUAUCAUCCUUUGGAAUUGUAGGUUUUGUUAAAUUUUUAGAAGGUUAUUAUCUCAUAUUAAUUACUAAGCGAAAAAGAGUUGCUUAUAUUGGUCACCAUACAAUAUAUAAAAUUCAGGAUACAUGUAUGGUUUACAUUCCAAAUGAUGGCGAAAAAAAUAUGCAUCCUCAUGAAGCAAAAUAUGUCAAGUUAUUUCAAAGUAUGGAUUUGUCUAGUGAUUUCUAUUUCAGCUAUAGUUAUGACUUAACUCACACUCUGCAAUAUAAUAUGGCUGUGUUAAGAGAACUCUCUUCCUUCAAUGUCUCUCAGGAUGUUGACCAAUCCAAAAGUACACCAUUUUGGGAUCCACAAUUGAAAACUAUUGAAGGAGCACCUGAGGAAAUAGCCGACAAUUUCCUUGAAAGCUUAAGAAAUUCUGUUGAUAAAGACAGUCCAAUCAAAGCAAGGGGCAGCACUGGGUCAUCUCAAUUUGAUAAUUCAUCAGAUGGUGAUGCUGUAUGGUCAGAACUAAGAUCUAAUGAAGACUUAGUUGCUUUACCUAAAGAAACUGGACAGACUAACUAUGGUGUGAAAGUAAAACCACAUUUAAGAUUUGUAUGGAAUUCUCACUUAUUGGAUAUGGUUGAUUUACACCCAGACUGGCUUCUGUAUAUAACUCAUGGUUUUGUUGGUCAAUCUAAUUUAAGUAUUUAUGGACAUUCCAUCUAUUUAACGCUUAUUGCUCGGCGCUCACAAUUUUUUGCUGGAACAAGAUUUUUAAAGAGAGGAACUAAUGAUAAAGGUGAUGUUGCAAAUGAAGUGGAAACUGAACAAAUAGUAUUUGAUUCUUCUGUCUCUCUUCUGAAUGUUGGCAACUUCACAUCUUUUGUCCAAAUGAGGGGUUCUAUUCCCUCUCAAUGGUCUCAAGAUAUUUCCAAGAUGGUUCCUAAACCUCCAAUUACUUUGGAUAUUGCUGAUCCAUUCUGUUAUGUGGCUGGUCAACAUUUCAAUGGACUUCUUCGACGCUAUGGUUCCCCCAUUAUAGUCUUAAAUUUGGUGAAGAAACGAGAACAAAAACGCCAUGAAAGCAUUUUGAGUGAAGAAUUUUCUGGGGCCAUUGGUUACCUUAAUCAAUUUCUACCUCCACAGCAUCAAAUUAUCAACAUUGGUUUUGACAUGGCUCACACAAAUAAAAUGAAAGAAGCAAAUGUCAUGCCUCGUCUUGCUCAGAUAGCUUAUUGUGUUCUAAAUAAAACAGGAUUUUUUCAUACCAGAAAAGAAUUUUAUUGCCAAACUAUCAAUCCACAUAUUAACAAAAAACUGUCUCUUGGUGGUCAUCUGAGACCUGAUGGCUCCCGGCUUCAAACGGGUAUUGUGAGAGUAAAUUGUGUGGAUUGCUUGGAUCGAACAAACACAGCUCAGUUUGCUCUUGGAAAGGCAGCUUUAGCUUUUCAGUUGUAUGUUCUUGGAGUGCUAGAAAACCCGAAAUUAGAGUUUGAUACAGAUUGUGUGCGAAUGUUAGAAGAACUUUAUGAAGAUCAUGGAGAUACAUUAGCACUGCAGUAUGGAGGUUCUCAGCUUGUGCAUAGAGUUAAAACAUACAGGAAAAUAGCUCCAUUGUCAUCUCAUUCGCGAGAUAUUUUACAAACCUUAUCAAGAUAUUAUAGCAACACUUUUUCUGAUGCUGACAAGCAAAAUGCUAUCAAUUUGUUUUUGGGAGUUUACAAACCUAGUAAAACAACAACACCACUUUGGGAAUUGAUGACAGACUUCUAUUUGCACAAUUCUUUAGCUGCAGGCCAAAGAUUAUGUCAUAGAAAUUUAUACACAUGUUGGUGGGAUAUAAAUGUCAUGAAUUCUCUUCCUGUUGCUGUGAUAGAAGAUAGAAAAGAAUUGGAAUCAUCUCUGGCAGAAAUUGUGAAGACUCAUCUUAUGGAUCCCAGAACAGAUGGUUUCUUUGAUCACUAUCGACCAUUUGAAAUGACCUCACUUGCUGAUCUAUUAUCAUUUUACAUGAACCAUUCAAUGAGAGAUGUCAUGCCUAGUUUCACCUCAGACUACAGUCCUUUUUCCGUGCGGGUUAGACCUGGUCGGAAAAGGGAAAGUAUUGGGGAAAAGCCUCCGAAUCCUUCUGUGACUGGCAUUUCUUCAACUGCCUCUGCGUCAAGUGGCACUAGUGAGACUGACAGUGGUGAAUCUAGCAGUGAAGAUAAUUUUGUCUUUCUUGACAGUGAAGAAUCCAGCUACUCGUUAUCUUCAUCACGUGGAGUGACUUUUGAGAAUAUAUUUACAACUACAAGGCAAGUGUAUGGAAUGGAGCUUAAAAAUCCAUCUGACAAAGAUAUGAAGCAGUAUAAAAAAUUUGUCAAUAUUGGUAAAUAUGCAGGAAUGACUGAACCAAUCUCUUCCGAUUCAAGAUCAUUAAGUAUAUCUUUUAAAUUGAAUCAAAAAAGCAAUUUCACUAAUGAUUCCACCAGAUGUACAACUCUCCCUACAGUGAGUAAAAAUUCCAUUGAUAUCUACUGCGCCUAUGUGACUAGAGGUGCAGAUGGUGCUUCAUCUCCUCCAGCAGAAUCAAUUGAGCUUUACAAGGAAUUUGUUAGAAAACAGCGCCAGCGGGAUCUGUCUGAUUCUGGAGACUCAAGGGGGGAUCUCCUACAUGAUGAGGAAACAUAACUUCUGUACCAUGUUAAUCUGACACCAUCUUACCCCUGAUUCAAAUCUGGACUUAUCAACGUACUGGCAUGCAGUCAUGUCAGAAAGAGGCUUUUGGUCUAACAUUUAAUUUUUCAGGUCAGUUUGUGAUCUUAUAUUUUAUGCUAUAAAAGUAAAGUCACUACAACAAAUUCUCUCUCAAAAAAUAUUUAUAGUUUAUGAAUCCAUUUCUUUCGAACAAUUACUUUUAACAGUGCCAAAAAUUGCUUUUUGUUCAAUCAGUAUUCUGUUUCUCAAAGUUUAUAUAAAAUAUUAUUGUUGAACAUUAAAUGUGGACAGUACAUUUUUCAAUGUUUAUCAACAUUUUGACAGUUUUUUAAGCUGCUUGAUUGUGUUAUCAGUUUAAUUCCAAAUUCUUUUAAUCAAUAUAUAUUACAUAUGAAUUUUGAAACAUUUUACUAGUGAAGCAAAAAGUCUUAAGAAGAAUUAUUAAAAUUUAAUUUGUAUUUUACUGGAUCAAUUUUGUUCCUUAAAGUUCAAUAUAAUCGCCAAUAAAUUUUAUAUAGAAAAUUGAUUCAAGUGAAAUUAAAAUUUUUGUAUUAAUAUGUUUUGGAAAUGAAGAACUAAUAAUGGAAUAAUAAUGGUUCAUGGAAUAUAAGAAAUUUUGUUAAGCCAUCGAGUUAUUCAAUAAAUUUAUCAAAUGCCUUUUUCUCACAAAAAGAUUUUGAGAGAAAUUUUCUGACCUAAGAAUUUCUUAGAUCUUUUUGUAUAGUAAGAAUAAAUAGCAUUUAAAUUAGGACUAUUCGAGAAUAACAUUAUCUCUGUUAUAUCAUAUUAAUUUUUAAAUGAUAUUUUUUCUUCUUAAUGAGAUACAAUUAAAUUAUUUUCAUUACUUUUCUCAUUAGCAAAUCAUUGAAGUUAAGUCCUAAUUUGAAUUGUGGUGUAAGAUGGAUUUUAUAUAUUCAAUAAAUUUUUAAUUAUUUACAAAAUCAAAUUCUGUGUAAUAUUUCUGAUUUGCAGCUACUAAAAAAAAUAUUUAAACUAAUGAGAAUUUCUUACAUUAUCAUUGUUUCUUAAUCAUAGUUCAUUCACAUUAUUUUUAUUCAAAAUAUAAAGGCUUAAUAUAUGUAAGGAAUUGACCCCACACAAAUUUUAAGUACAGAAAGUUUAUUAUGUGAAAGUUUCUUGAGAAAUGUACAUAUAAAAUUUUUAAGGUUCAACAGUUUUUUUGAUUCUUUAAAGAUUAUGAUGGAAAUUUAGAUUCCAUACUUCAGAUUUCCACUCCCCCCCCCCACCCGUACUAUGAUUGAAAGUGAGUUACAGAAAAUUUCAAAAUAUGUUAUAUAAAAGAAUUUGUCAUUAAAUUUUAUAAAAUGCACUUUGAAUUUUCUUCGCUUUCUUUUAAUUAUAAACUAAGGAUAACAGAUUUAAAAAACUUUACUAUUUUAUUUCCUUUUCCCUAAAAUUGCUAUAUUCUGUGCAAUAUUUUAAAUUUUGUGACUUUGUAAUAAAUCAU